AUGGCUUCUCAAUUGACGUUCACAAUGUUUUUUGCAGUUGUUGCUCUUUUAUUAUCAGUGGCUUUUGCUAUACCAGGAACAGCCACUUUCUACACACAAUACGUUCCUUCAGCAUGUUAUGGGAACCAAGACAAUGGAGUGAUGAUAGCUGCAGCAAGUGAUGCUCUAUGGAACAAUGGUGCUAUUUGUGGCAAAGUAUUAGUCGUUACAUGCACUGAAGUACCAACAACUUUGUAUCCGAAUUGCACCGGGCUGAGCGUGACGGUGAAGAUCGUCGAUCACUGCCCCGGGUGUGGCGGGACCCUAAAUCUCUCUAAAGAAGUCUUCUCAGCAAUUGCUAAUCCCGCUGCUGGGGUUGUCAACAUUGACUAUUAUUGGUAA